CCCCACAGCCGCCGACCUCCGUCCGUGGCCGCGAGCGAGCGAGCGAGCGAGACUGGUAGACGGGACACUGGUCCACGACUACGGAGAGCCCGCCCGGGAUCCAUCCGUCCUUGGCGCCGGCGACCAGAAUAUAGACUGCUCCGCGGCGCCGGCAAUCGGGUAGAGCCGGAGACACAGGGAAGCGGGAGCUUGGAGAAGGCGGGGCGGACUGCUCUUCCUCUUCCCCCCCAAGCUCUACGCUUCUCCCUGCGUGCGGUUCUGCUGGACGGACCGCUGCUUUGCGAUCAGCCAUGGUCAUGGACACCACCGACCCGGGCUACUGGCUCAACUGGAGGUUCGUGCUCUGCGCGACCUGGGUCUACGCUUGCAUUGCACUGGCGUGCUACUUGAUCUGGAAGUACGAGGGGCCCAGUUCGCCGGCCGGCAAUGAUGAGGGGGUCGACACAGAGGAGGCGCGGCCCAGGAUCGGACCCGGAGUUGUGUAUCUUGAGGAUUGCUGGAAGCCUUGCCUUGAGGAGAUCCAUCCUGCUUGGCUGCUGGCUUUUCGCCUUGUGUCGUUCUUGUUUAUGGCUUCGGUGAUUAUCUAUGAUGUUAUUGUCGAUGGGUGGACCGUCUUCCUUUACUACACUCAGUGGACCUUCUUGCUUGUCACCCUGUACUUUGGGCUUGGCUCGGUGCUUUCGGUUUAUGGAUGUUAUCAGUACGCUUGCAAGACGGAUAAAUCUGAUGCAGACCGUGGUUCUUAUAUCAUUGCUCCCACGGAGGAAAGUACAUAUGACAAUUCCAUCAAAAGUUCUUGUUUGAAUAAAACACAUGAUGGUCGGGAAAUUGCAGGAUUUUGGGGCUACCUGUUUCAGAUCAUGUUUCAGACAAAUGCAGGUGCUGUGAUGCUUACGGAUAUGGUGUUUUGGUUCAUUCUGUACCCUUUCCUUGCGCGGAAUCAAUACCAAAUGAGUUUUUUGCUGAUUGGAACACAUUCACUCAAUGCUCUCUUCAUAAUUGGUGAUACUGCUUUGAAUAGCCUGCGUUUUCCGUGGUUUCGAAUAUCAUAUUUCAUGCUCUGGACAGGCCUUUUUGUCAGUGUUCAGUGGAUCAUCCAUGCUAAUGUGUCGAUUUGGUGGCCUUACCCAUUCCUAGACUUGACAUACCCUCGAGCACCUGUCUGGUACUUGGUGGUGGCAUUGCUUCACUUCCCUUGUUACGCUCUCUUCGCCCUAGUUCAGAGGAUCAAGAAAUCUCUCCUGGAAAGCUGGUUUCCGCAUAGUUGCACAUACGUGAAGUAGACAAGAAGAUACACAUAUACUGGCACAAUUUAUUCCCCAUUUUCUCUUGUCCUGAAAAUCACAUGGAGCUUCUGCUACUACACAAUCAGCCACAUUCUUUGGAUUUAGGCGUCCUUAUACUUGAAAGCACGGGCCCUUUACGAGGUUCUUUACACAAAGUGGAUGUGUGAAUUGCCACGACAUAUGUUCACCAAAUUUUUGAGAUGCAUAGCCUUUUUGAAUUUGAA